AAUGCGAAAAUUUAGUUGAGGUUCAUCAAUCUGUUGGACUUCUUGAAGAGCUUGAAAUUUGGCAAAUCACUAACUGCCAAAAUCUUAGAAUUUUACCAAGAAAGCCCCAGUUGAAAUCUCUUAAAUGUUUUUAUUUUUUCAACUGUGAAAGUCUUGAGCGAGGAGCGGAAGGAUCAGCUUUCCUUUCAUCAAUUGGGUGUCUCUUUGGCCUUCUUGAGUUAUCAAUAAGUUUAAAAAACGUGAGAGAUUUUCCAAGUAGCAUCUUUAAUUUACAAAAUCUUAGGCAACUCCAUCUGUCUUAUUGUGAAAAUUUUCCAGAACCCCAUAUUCCGGUUUGCUUUCCCAAAUUAGAAUAUUUAGUUAUAUAUUACAGCAACAUUACUACCAUCCCUGAAAUUGCUAGUAGAUUUCCUCGAUUAAAAAGACUUGACAUUUACUGUUGCGGCAAUCUCCGGGAAAUUCCAAGGCUUCCACCCUUUAUAGAAUAUGUAAUUGUAAGACGGUGCGAUUUGUUGGAUCCACAAUCAAAAAGAAGAUUAUUGAGUCAGUUUGAAAACCUGGUUGGGCUUCCACGAAAUAUAAUAUGUGCAAAGGGAUCAUUGCAUCAGGAAUCUGUUUCUGAAACAGACUAUGAUACAACAGAAUACGAAAGGAAUGUUGCACCUGAACCUAAGGAAUUUAAUCUUGUACUUCCGGGAAAUAAGAUUCCGACGUGGGUCAACCAUCAAAAUGUUGGAAGCUCCAUAUCAUUCUCGGUCGGUUGGAAUUUUCUACCAUUUGCUUUCUGUGUUGCUUUGAAAGUAGAACUAAUGGAUAAUGUGGAAAGUAUAAAUUCAAGUUUUCGUUGUUCUGUGUACAUUUUCUUCAAUGGUUAUAAAAAAAGGCUCAAAAGACUUAAUUUGUUAUUAGAUUCAGCACCUUUUGUGUGGUUUAGCUAUAGAAGCAAUGAGCCAUGUCCAUGUGUUGGCAUAGUUGAGCUUCUAUGGGAAGUUUCAGAUUAUGAUCCGGAAAGGGCAAAAGUUACAAUAGAAAGGUGUGGGGCCCAUGUAGAAUGCAUCUGUCCUCCUCAGAAUCCUGCUGUAGCUAAUAUGGCCUGCACAAGAAUUCAUGAAAGAUUAAAAAUGUUUUUAUCAAGAGUUGCUGCUCAAAAACUCGUCAGAUGCUCCAACAUCCAAGAUAUCCAUUGCCCUCUUUGUGAAAUAGCAGAAGAUUCCCUUUUACAUCUAUUUCAAUGUUGUUCCUAUGCCAAAGGAGUGUGGUACGGUAAUAGAUGGGGUUUUCGAGUUGAAAUGAUCCAAGCUCAAUCUGUAAAGGAGUUUGUUGAACAGAUAAUUGAUCCUCCAAGAGAAUUACUAGCAGAAAGAGUCACCGAAGAUGAAUUCUCACUAUAUGCAGCAGUGGCGAUGAAAAUCCUUUGUGAUGCACGGGAGGAAGCCCUGUAUUCAAACACUAAAGCCAGCAUAGACGAGGUAGCCGAUCGUCUGAACAAACAAUAUGACUUUUACUUGAGAUCACUGGGGAUUACGUGGGCAGCUGAAAAGCAAAACAGGGGGAGUGCUUGGACCAAACCACCUAAUCAAUUGGUGGUUACUUUUGAUGCAUCAUGUGAUCAAAACAUCGUAGGCUUGGCUGUGGUUCUCAAUGAUCAAGAUGGGAAUGGGAGAGCUAUAAGACGUGGCAUAAACAACGGUAGGCUUGGCUGCAGUUCUCAAUAGCAAGAUGGGAAUGCCAUUGGCUAAAGAGGAGUGCAAAUUGUGGUGGAGGGUAUAAAGAUGCUUUGUGGCUGAGUCUGUUGUGUCACAAGCAGAAGGUUCCUAAAUCAAGGUGUGAUCAGCCAUUAAGCACUUUGUAGAAUAUGCCAAAUGUCAGAGUAACUGCUAGAGGCAGACCUUCUGGAAUUGCCAUUAUCGAUUAUGACUACUGCAAUGACAAUGCAUGAUCAGCCAUCCUUCACCUCAUAUCUAAUACUUUGAGUUCAAAAAAUGUUUGAGUAAGAAGAUUUAGAGUAUUAGAGCAACAAAUGUUCUCUCAUUUCAUCUAUAAAAAAUUGCAUGCUGUGGUUUUUUUAGUUUAAGUUUCUGUUCAUUUCUUUGGACAUAAUGUUCAUCUAUUAAAAAUUGCAUGUUGUGGUUUUUUUUAGUUUAAUUUUUUGUUCAUUUCUUUGGACAUAAUGUCUAUAAUUUAAACAGAAUCAAUGGAGAGUGGUUAGCUAAAACUUAAUAUUUUUGCUUUAAUUCAUGCUUAUGUAUGACCAAACUGCUUGUCUUGUGCUGUUACUCUCAAAGUAAGAGAGUGCACCUUGUUGGUAGUAGAGGAGAUUUCAUUGGUCAAAUUUAUAAUUCUCAUGAUGAUGUUUCAAUCUUCAAUUCUUUUUCCUCAUAAAUGCAUACACAUGUGAGAUUUAGUAUUCAUAAAUUAUCGAGUCACAUAUUGAUUUCUUUUAUUCUUUUUUCCCUUCUGUUACAACAUUUGUAGCUAUUAUUCUUUGGCUUUGCCUUUUGUAGAGACCAUCUUAGAAGAUUGGCUUUUAGUGUAUCUAGAAAGGUUUCUAAGUCCCUACAUGCAGCCCAUGUAGUUUAGUCAAUUUGUUGUCAUUUACUAUCUGUUCAGCUGUGUAUGCCAUUUUCAACAUUAUAUCCCUAUAUGAGGACUGUGUUAUCAUCAUUAUGAGUUACAAUGAGUACUAGGGAAAUAUGCUGAAUUGUAAAUGCUUUUAUUUUCUUGUAAUGAAAAACAUCAAUUUAGAAUGUAUUUAAUUUUUAGAGCUUUUUUUUUUUUUUUUUUUAUAAUUUUUUUUAUUGCAAUCGUAGAAAUGGGCCCUAUUUACAUGUGCCAUGAGGCUGUUGGUGGGUGCUUGUACAUUUGGAAGAAUCACUAUAGUGAUAUAUUAACCACAUUAUCUAAUAAACACAAUCACGUAGAAAAUGCUUAUGUAUUGUGAAAUAUAUUAAAUGACCAAAUAGAAGGACUAUAUUUCAAGAAGCUAAGAUUUGGGUUUUGAUAAUCUGAUUCAAUGCUUAGAAGAAUCGAAAAUUACAGAAUUUUAAAGAAAAUAUUAACAAGGAGAAAGUCUGAUAAGGUAAACUGUUAGCUUUAUAUCCUGUUGUUUUAGUUUGUGUGAAGAAGCUUUAUGCUUGAGAGACAUGCAAACUUGUUUGCAGAAAAGACGAAUGCUCUUAAUGAGUGAAAAGGCAAAGACAAAGCUGCAAUUUCUAUUCAAUUACCUGAUUGCCCUCACUCCAACCUCUCAGUAUUGGCUUAGGCCAUUGAGAUUGUGACUAGCCAAAGCAUUAUCAACCAUCAUGCACUUUAUUCAAAGUGGAGUAACAGCCAAUGACAAUACCAACAAGUACAUUGAGAUAUGUUGGUGCCGCCCAUCCCUCAAUAUGUCCGCCCUGAUGUCUCUACUCGUUGAGGGAGCUUCUCAAAUUCCCCGGAUUGCUUGAACUUACAGACAGCAGAAACAGCAACAACCACAGUGACAGAAACAAUAAUACUCCCACCAUGAUACUACCCAUCUUUCUAGCCAUGCUGUUUGAUACUUAAGGGAGAGAGAGUAUAGCACAGGUCGAAAGUAAAAUAACAGCGGUGUCCUCAAAUGCUUCAAAGACAUAACUGAGGAGCUUUUCGCAGAAUCAUAGCCAGUGCUUUUACACUACCAGAGUGACUCAAAGCCUCAGAGUUCUCAUUCCUCACAAUGUCACAGAGCCUUUUCAGAUCAACAAUGAGAAAGGAAACAGGUUUGUCAUUCAAGGAAGCCUCGUCAUCGGGAUGCACAUUGAUGGUCUUGGUCAAUUGGUGUUGUAUAUAUGCAAGGGCAGUUGUAAAUCAGUAGACCAUAUUUGGUUCAUUUUUUAGUAGGUCAUGAUUUGUGGUUCAUUUUUCUGUUGCUUUUGGGGUACAUUGGUUGAUGCCAAGAAGCUGAUAGAUGUCUAUUCCUGCUGGAAAGGUACUCAUAGUCAUAACAUAAAUAUAAUCAUUUGGCUCACAGUUCCUCACUGUCUUAUGUGGACAAUUUGGAGGGACUGAAAUUACCUUACAUUUGAAGGCGUGAAGAAAUCAGUUGUAAAGAUCAAACAUACUUUCCUACAUCUGCAAUUUGAAUGUCGUAUUAUGCUU